AUCGCCUUGAAUAUCGCGCACCGAUACUCCCUGAACGUCGCCGAACCGCGCGCGCGGCCCGUGUCACCCUGCCCGGAACACGCUUUUCUUGCCCCGCGGACUUUCUCGAUCGGCCAGCGUUUCCGGCCCGGCUCGGCUCGGCUCGGCUCGGCUCUCGAUUUAAUUAAACCGUUCGCGAGGAAGUCCCCGUUUAUACAUCCGGAAGAGCAGCCGCUUCUCCGUCACCGCGGACCGACCUCCGGGGUGAACGCGGCCGGAGGGUGCCGACGCGGUGUCCGUUCGCAUUCCUCCGUUGGGAUCCGUUCCAGCGAAAAGUCCGUUUCUCCUUGGUGCGUCCGGUCCCGGUCGGGUACCGCGCGCGCUUCGACGGGCCCUCUUCUUUGUGCUUGGUGGAAUAUUGUGCGGGUUGUACGAAUGUUCGAGGAGACGGCGCGAUGAACGCGCGACUCGUCCGAAGCGACAUAGGGUAUGUGAUUGUUCGGUGUCAAUUAAUUUAGCUCGCCUCUCGCCGUCGAAGGGCAGACGUCGGACUGUGAUCAUCAGGAUACUCCCGGAUCGUUCGACGGUUUGGGUUGGCCAAGUGACAAGUUCGGGGCAGUUUUUGCCCUGCGUCCUUCGCGCGAACGUCCAUCGCUUUCGCGAGCUCCGUUGCUCUUGGAAGCUCCGCCGAUUUCGCGAACGGAGCUCUUCGGUUCAGCGAUUCUCUCGCGGCGUGGCAAAGAGAGAAAGAAAGAGAAAGUGGGAGAGAGAGCAACAUGCAGGGCUCGCGUGACGUAUCGAGUGACCACCGAUCGGGAUAAUCGAAGAAUGUAACGAAUAUCCCGCACCCGACGGCCAUACUGCAACCAGCAUCCCGCGAAGAUGCAGUCGACCUGCCAGCAACAGCAGGCCCAGCCAGGUCAGAACGGCACCUCCGCGAACAGGACGUCGUUCCUGAUCGAGGACAUCCUCAGCCGGGGCACCGUGCCGCCCCAUUCGCAUCAUCAGCUUCACCAUCAACACCUCUCCUCCGGCCACGGGGUCCAGCAGCAUCCGCACUACCAGCAGUUCGCCAGUUUACUGCCAGGCUACCCGUCGGCACCACCCGCGGCCUUCUUCUUGGGCCCGCUUUUCGGCAACACCGCCAUGGGGGUCGGAGUCGUGCCCGGGGUCAGCGAACUCGCGGCCUUGAAGCACUGCCGACGAAGGAAAGCGCGAACGGUGUUCAGCGAUCAACAAUUAGCUGGUUUGGAGGCACGAUUCGAGGUGCAGAGGUACCUGAGCACGCCGGAAAGGGUCGAGCUUGCGGCCGCUCUUCACCUAUCCGAGACCCAAGUGAAAACGUGGUUUCAAAACCGGCGAAUGAAGCACAAGAAACAAUUGAGGAAAUUGAGCACCAGCGCGGGCAGCAACAGCAAUCAGAAUUCCAAUCAGCCGUGUACCGGUCAAUCCGUUUCCGUCACGUCACCCGCCGAGAGGCCGGUGGAUUUCUCCCUGAGCGGCGGCGGCCGGGAAUCGCGGGCGAGCAGCGACGCCCCGGCGGACUCCGACGACGACGAGAUCGACGUCCUCGGCGACGAGACGCCGUCGCCGACGAGAACGGGCAACGUGCACGUCUCGAGACGCGUCGGCUCGCCGACGAGUUUCCAUCAGAUGACGCACCCGCAUCCGGUGAACCUGCCCCAUCAGUCGCAACACGGCCAGACCAUCCAACGCCAGCAGCAUCGCUGAAAUCGCUAUGGUCCUCGUUCGUGGUUCACCAAAACUCUAGAACGUCGCGGGGCCCCGAUCGGGCCCGGUGCGGUUCGAUGGCACAGUGCUUGGACCCCGUUGUGGGGGUGGGGUGGGGGGAUGUUCGAGUGUAACUAGUCCUUGUAGAAGGAGAAGAGCAAGUUGUUCGCGAAUGGAACGGAAGCCGAAGUGAUGUUGGAACGAAGUCGAAAGACUUCGAGGGUCCCGUUGGGUUCCUCGGGGUUCGCUCGAUUGGUCGACGAAGAGAACGAUGACCGAUCGGGGUGGGGGCUCGUUUCGACGACCAGGGAUCGCGUCUGCGAGCGUUCUUCGUGCAAUUCGACUGUCGAAUUCCGAGCGUGAUUUCUUAUCGGGUGGGCCGCGGAACGAUUCUGUGCGGUUGACCGUUCGUUUCGUGGCAAACAGUGAGUUUUAACUUCCGUAAGAAAACGAGUCAAUAAUGGUAAGAAAGGUGAUCGACGUGUAAAUUGUUCGGAGACACGAGAAAAAGUCGCCCCUUACGUUAGCAGACAUUUUUAGCGGACUCUGUGCUGUACGAGUAAAAAAGAUCAAUUCAUGCUGUCCGUUCGGGUAUUGCGACUCAGGCGAACACGAUCCAGUAGUUUAAUCGUCGGUCUACGGUUUUAAUGAUAGCUUCGCUUAACACUUGGCCAACCGAAUGGGGAGAUCUCCCCGUUUUAAAUUCAGUCGAUCGAUGACCGAAUGGAUGAUCACUGAAAAAUUAAAAAUGAUUGCUUAAUUAUAUUAAGAUUUGCAUACAAGUUUGUUUCGUAACUUUUGUUUAAUCGAACGAAAUAUUUUAAUUUUAUGACAACUUUUGAGGUUUCUAGCGCGGUCGUGGAAGUGUUAAAAAGCAUAGAAAACUAUUGCAUUUUCAUUCGAACCAUUUUGUUACGCCUGCUGCAGAUUUAAAGAUGCGAGCCGUUUAUUUUGAAAGUGGCACAAGUCACUUUGUUUUUAAGUCGAUAUA